AUGGCUUUGGAUUUACUGCAAGUCCGUACUGUCAAUGACUGGUCAUUUGUCAUCAACAAAUCGUUUCUCUUUCAGGUGUCGCCGCCAGGGCCGUCGUACAUUUGUCUUGGUGGUUUUGCAGUGUUGUUCUCGAUGGUAUCCCUCCUAUUAAAAGAGAAGCUUUAUGUCAAUGAAGUCGUCCUCGGAACCGGUUUUGGGAUUAUAAUUGGUCCUUUCGGUGCUAAUAUCUUCGCACCCCGUUCAUGGGGUUCGUUGAACAAUCACAUAACGUUAGAGGUCAUGCGCAUCGUCCUCGCAAUCGGCUUGUUCGCAGCUGGAGUCGAAUUACCACGUGCAUACAUGAAAGUGCAUGCAAAGAGCUUGCUCGUAAUGGUUGUACCCACCAUGGCGUUUGGCUGGGUUGCGGUAGCUGUGAUCAUACACGUUUUAUUUCCGAAGCUCAAUUACAUCUCGUCCCUUUGCAUCGCGGCUUGUUUGACCCCUACGGACCCGGUGACAUGUGCUGCCAUCACACGCGGCAAAUUUGCCAUUAAACAUGUGCCUGAGGCUAUCCGUCACAUCUUGUUGGCUGAGGCCGCAGCCAAUGACGGUCUUGCCUACCCUUUUCUUGCAAUAUCCAUAUACCUCACCAUAGAGACAUCCGUUCGGACUGCUAUUGGCAAAUGGUUUUUGGUGGGAUGGCUAUACCAGGUCAUCCUUGGCACCGUUUUGGGAGCCGUUCUAGGCCUUCUAUUCUCCAAGCUCAUGAAAAUAUCCCAUAGUCAGGGAUUUAUAGAUCGUGAAUCGUACAUCGCACAGUUCUUGGCUCUGUCCAUCUUCACUAUGGGAGUUGCGAGCACCAUUGGUGCGGAUGAUCUUCUUGCAGCAUUUGCAGCAGGCUGCGCAAUAUCCUGGGAUGGGCACUUUCAUGAACAGAUAAAAGAUGACGGUUUCUCUUCUGUCAUAGAUUAUGUUCUGAACUGUGGCUGCUUCAUCUACAUCGGUGCUUGGCUGCCUUUUCACGCCUAUAACUCUCCCGAGUAUGGUAUCACUUGUUGGAAGCUUGUUGUUCUUUUGAUCGCUAUUUUGGUCUUGAGGCGAAUUCCGUUCUUAUUGGCAGUAUAUAAAGUUGUUCCCGAGAUUACGUGCUGGCAGGAAGCUCUAUUCUCUGGCCACUUCGGUCCAAUGGGAGUCAGCGCAGUCUUCGUGUCUGCCCUAGCGCUCACGCGUUUGCCCACUCCGGAGGACCCACCUGCAGAUCAAGCACAGUAUCUCGCCGCAACUAUUCAGCCUAUAGUGUCCUUCGUCGUCCUUGGUUCUAUCAUCGUUCAUGGCUUGUCUAUCCCGUUCUUCAACGUCGGUCGUAGCGCGCACUCUCGCACGACUUCGUUAACCAAGGGGUCGAUCAACCGUACUCAUGUUGCGGGCCCAGUGUGUUAG